CCCGGCGUGCCGCGCGCGCCGGCGCGGUGACGUCACCACCGAGGGUAUAAAAGCGCGGCGCGGCCGCGGUCGCUUCCUUUCAGCGGGAGCUGCGCGGCGGGAGCGUCAUGGCGCCGCAAAAAGACAGAAAGUCUAAAAAGUCCACCUGGAAGUUUUGCCUUGACCUGACCCAUCCUGUCGAAGAUGGAAUUUUUGAUUCAGGGAAUUUUGAACAGUUCCUAAAGGAGAAGGUUAAGGUCAAUGGUAAAACUGGGAACUUGGGCAACACUGUUCACAUUGAACGUCUGAAGAACAAGAUCACGGUGACAUCCGAGAAGCAAUUUUCCAAAAGGUACCUCAAAUACCUCACAAAGAAGUACCUCAAGAAGAACAACCUGCGGGACUGGCUCCGUGUUGUGGCGUCGGACAAGGAGACGUAUGAGCUGCGCUACUUCCAGAUCAGCCAGGAUGAGGAAGGAUCAGAGUCCGAGGAAUAAUGGAAUCCUGGCCUUAUGCUCAACACAGAGUACAAAAGACUAGAACAUCUAUUUAUAAGAACACUUAACUUAUUGGUGAAUAAAGAUUUUGUACCCUGUUUGACAGAGCA